AUGGCUGAGCAGUUACCUGAAGAGCAGAUGGCCGAGGUCAAGGAGGCCUUCGACAUAUUCGACAAGGACAAAGAUGGGGCCAUCAACGUCCCGGAGCUGGGCGCCGUGAUGCAGAAGCUGGGCCUGAACCCGUCGGAGGCCGCGCUGAAGGCGCUCGUCACUAGGGUGGAUGCGGACGGGGAUGGCGUCAUCAGCUCCCAGGAGUUCCUGGCAGUGAUAGCCAAGGGGGUUCAGGCCAGAGAGGACGACCUGAGGACAGCCUUCCAAGCCUUCGACCUGGAUGGCGAUGGCCACAUCAGCGUGGAUGAGCUCAGGCAGUCCAUGGCCCAGCUGGAGGGGGUGUCCCAGGAGGAGCUGGUCGUCAUGAUCCAGGGGGCUGACGUGAACCAGGACGGGCAGGUGAACUACGAGGAGUUCGUGCGCAUCCUCACCCAGAAGUGA